GGAGCAGCGUUGACUUUCAAUGUCAAAGUUCACUAAUCUUUGAACUUGAAGGAAAACUCUUCAUUUAAGUUCUCAAAUCAUAGAAAGAGAUCAAUCACUUCAUAUAUGUUAUGAUAAAGUCACAAGAGGAUAGUGAGUGACACACACAGACGCUGGUAACAAGCUCUUUCAGAUCUAUACAUUUCCAAUUUGGUGAGCAUAGCGUGGGAAGAAUAAACACAUCUUCUUGGAAUCUUGCAUUCUCAAGAAAUGCAUAUGGAAAUGUCUAGUAGAAAUCUUCUUGCCCUUGCAAACCUCUUUGUGAUCCUAAGUUUAUCUGCUUCCUACAACCACAACUUGGAUGAGUCUUCAGAAAUCUUCACCUACUAUGGUCGCGCAGCCGAAAUAGGAAAACAUUGCAGCUCAUACUUAUCCUUGGCAUCUAAGUUAAGCCCUGAUGCCAAUAGAGGUAUCAAAAUCAAGAGAGAACUUUCUUUCAACUAUGGAGAUUGGGAGCAGGAGGAUGGACAUGCAACCUUGAUCCCAUUCAACCAAAGCAACAGGUUUGAACACAGUUUAGCCUUAAAACUAGUCUCUUUCAAAGUGGUGGACGUUAGUUCAGUCCAUCACUUUGAAAAUACAGUUAGUCUUGGAGGCAUAAUGUCCAUAGGCAUAUCUGGUGAAGGUCCAAAUUUUCGAACCCACGAAUGUUGUCCUUUCACAAAGAGGCCUGGCUUAUCUGUUCUCAAAAUUGCAUUUGAAGGUGUAUACUUACAAAGCAAUGAGAAUGGGAAUGAGCAUUUGAUGUGUCUCCUGGGAAACACAACUUUACCAGUACCAGUACCAGAACCAUUCAACUAUGAUUGUAAUGGUAAUCUUCUAGAUUACACUCUCAUACAAGAUGACCAGAUUUUACUUGUUCUUCGGUACCCUCAAACGUUCAAUUUGACAAGCAGAGUUGUAAGAGGCGAAAUGCGAAGCUUGAAGCAAGAAGGAAGCUUGGCAUACUUUGAUAAUGUUCAUAUUUCUUCCCAGCUGAGGCACUACUCCAGCUAUCAAUUCAGCUCUGAAUUGAAGUCCAGAUCUUGUGAUCUUUAUCCAUAUCAACAAGAGCUGACAACACAUGGAGCAAAAUCAUUGGAUACUGGCUACGGCUUUUGCAGUUUUCUUGGGCAAGUUAUACAGCAACCUUUUGAUGUUCUCCAAAACUAUAAUGAUAGACAUGUUGCUAGCAAACUAGGCCCUUUCCAUCUUGGAAAAGAGUUUAGUUCCAAUUGGACUCAAGAAAACUUUAGGCUGCUUUUUCAGAUUCUUAUGUGUGAGGAGGAAGCAUCUACCGACGAUGUCCAAACUGCAAGAGUUUCUGCAGUUCUAAGAGCAUUCCCUCCAUCCUCUCCUAUAUAUGCAUGGCAAGAAAGAACAGGUCUCUCAGGCCUGACUUUAUUCGCAGAGGGAACUUGGAAUUCCGCAACAAGAAAACUUUGCAUGACUGGGUGUGUUAGUUCAGUGUUAGACUCAGAAGAAUGCAACUACCAGAUAUCUUUACACUUUCCAAAUGUGUUCUCCAUCAAGCAGAGGAGUGUAAUGCUAGGUAGCAUAUAUAGCAUCAAAAAUGAAACAAACACGUCCUUCUUGCCUUUGUUGUUCGAUUCAUUAUGGUGCCCUUCAGAACUUAAGAACCUUGGUUUGUAUAACAAUCUGCACUAUGAACAACAACAACAACGCCUUGUCCCACUAGGUGGAAUUGGCUACAUGGAUCAAACGAAGCCAUUGCACCCUAUCUCGUAUCAUGUCUACAAUGAGACUAUUUACACGUAUAACAAUCCAUACUAUAAUUACUCAAAGGUUGAGCUAGCUGCAGCAAACAAAAAGAAGAAUCAACCCUCCAAAUUGUUCACCUUUAUCAAGAAAUUGUUCCUGAAGUAUCCAACUCUGGUGGAUGGAGAAGAUUUGCAUGCUUCAUUUGAUUUCCUCUCCAAUAAACUCAAUGUCCAGGGGAUUUCAAUUCAUCAUCAAUCCUUGAGCAACCAGAACUCAAGGGUCCUCAUACGGAUGGAAGUGCUUUCACUUGAGAUUUCAUAUCAACAUGAAACAACAGAACCAGAAGAGAAGAAUCUCUUUAAUAUAUCAUUGCAUAUGACUUUCUCUGAAAGAUAUUUUGAUGAAAAUGCAGUUACUUUCCCUUACUUCUUGGAAGGUAUUUAUGAUUCCUUAGCAGGUGAUAUGUAUCUGAUUGGAUGCAGAAAGGUUUCAUCAAAUGAUAAAAGCAGUGUUGAGCAUGGCCUAGAUUGUUUGGUGGAAGUUAAGGUUCAGUAUCCUUCUGAAUCAACAAGAUGGCUGAAGUUUCCCUCAGUUGAAAUGACCAUCACUAGCCAAAGGAGUAAAGAAGACACGCUGCAUUUCGAGCCUAUCACUUUCAAAACUUCAAUUCCAUACGACAAGAGUGAACAAAACUAUGCCUUCAGGAAAAUCUUUGAAUGUGUUCUAAGGCUUCUCAUUUCCCUUGCAGCAGUAGGCAUAAUUUGGAGCCAACUUCGAUACAUGAAUACAAAUGGAAGCUGCAUUCCUUAUAUGUCUCUUGGGACGCUUUCCCUGCUGAUGUUUGGUUAUGGUGCAGAAUUGGUAAGGACCAGUGAGCUCCUCUUUGGAUCAAAUGAAUAUUCUUUUAGAAAUUUGCCUUAUGGGUUCAAUGGGUAUCAACAAGCCUUGUUGGAAGCAUUGCAAACCUCAACAAGGUUUCUAGUGUUGGUUUCUUUCCUUCUCACUAUAAAGCAGUAUCAAAAGGUGUCAGAAGUUAAGAACAAACCUAUUGCCUAUUAUCUUUUACCUGCAAUGUUAAUGAUUAAUCCGAGGUUUCUGGCCUCGAAGAUGCAGGAUUUCUUCUUGAUGCCUCAAGUCAUUGAGAACAAAGCUUGGAGAUGUCAAGUGAAGUCUUUGAGGAAAACAUACUAUUUUGGACUCACAUUGCUGAGACUUGUUAUACAUUUCUAUGACUACAUCAGAGAUCCUUUGGUGGAUCCAUUUGUUAGUGAUGGUGGUGAUGCAUUCAUCAACAACCAAGUGGGAUCAGAUUUCUUUUCCAUUUUUGAUAUCAUGAUUCCCAUCAUUAUGGUUUUAUUUGCAUGUGUGGUCAGCAUUCAACAAAGCUGGAAUUAUCUCAAGCCAAAAAGUCCUUGAAGUCUUUUUUUUUUCUGAAAUUAUUUCUUCCUUGUUUCCUUUGUGUUCGUCAAUUCACAAUGUUUGCCUUGUUUUCUUGAUUUUGUAUCAAUAAGUGUGCUAUGAAUAUUAACACGCAUAUGCUUGUAAGUUUUAUGCUAUGUCUUUGUAAUUUUAAGGCUUAAAAAUUAAAAUGAGCUGAAGAUAAAAAUUAUAACGACAACUAAGCAAUUGUAAAUUUCCAUGGUUACCUACCUGCCUUAUUUGAACAUUAUAUUAUAUAAUCCAUGUUAUUGCACGUCUUAAUGUUCAGUAUUCUUAUUAUUUACCAGAAAAAAAAAAAACAUAGUAGAAAACAAAAAUGCAAUUGUCAACUCAAAUCGAAGUCAAAGCUAGCUAGUUAGUUAGCCACUCAAUUCAAUAGUUAAAUCUCAACAGACAAAUAUAACAGCAAAACUAUUCUGGUUAACUCCUUAGAGCCUUGCCAUGGAAAUUUGAAAGUCCACUACUCUUGAACUUGAAGGAGAACUCUUCAUUUAAAUUCUUCCACUUUAGAGAAAGAGAUCAAUCACUUCAUAUAGAGGACAAAGUCAGAAAAGAACAGUGACAUACACUCGCUCAAAACAAACUCUUAUCAGGUCAGAAAGUGUUCUUUUAACCAUUUUGAAUAUCAAUUUAAUAUUAUGUAUCACUUCUAUAAGUGCUUCUUAGUUUUCAUAUAACAAGAAAAUAUGAUCAAUGCAUAAUCAUCAACCUGAUUCAAUUUCUUUCUCAUUUUGAAUGUAUGCUGAAAUACGUCCCCUCUUACCAUUUAUAUAUCAAUCUACCAUUAUGUCCCAAGUGCUUCUUAGUAUUCAGAGAACUAGGAAAAAUGACUAAAUGCAUGAGCAUUAAGCUUGGUUCAGUAUUCUCUCAGUUUGACUUAUUGGCUUGUUUUUACUUUUGUGUGGUUUAGGACUAUUAAAUUUCCAAUUUGGUGAGUCUGGGAAGUAGAAAAGAUAAAAAUCACCCUCUUGGAAAUACUGCAUUUUCACGAAAUGAAAAUCAAAAUUUCGAUUCGAAAUCUCGCUGCCUUCACACACCUCUUUGUGAUCCUAAGUUUAUCUGCUUCCUACAACCACAACUUGGAUGGCUCUUCAAAAAUCUUCACUAACUAUAACCGCGCUGCCGAAAUAGAAAAGCAUUGCAGCUCACACCUAUCUCUGGCAUCUAAGUUAAGUCCUGACGACAAUAGAGGCAUCAGAAUCAAGAGUGAACUUUCAUUCACCAAUGGAGAUUGGGAGCAGGAGGAUGGCCAUGCAACCUUGAUGUCGUUCGAGGGACACGGUUUUCCCACAAAACUGGUCACUUUCAAAGUGAUGGACAUUAGUUCAGUCCCUCACUUUGAAAACACAGUUAGUCUUGGAGGGAUAAUGUCCAUAGGCAUAUCUUCUGAAGGUCCAAUUCUUCCAACUAGUUCAUCUCCUUUCAUAAUUAGGCCUCGUUUAUCUUUUUUCACAAUUUCCUUUGAAGGUGUAUACUUUUACAAACCAAUGAUCAUGAGAAUGGGAAAGAGCAUUUGUUGUGUCUCUUGAACAUAACUUUACCUAUAUCAAAACCAUUCAUUGAUGAUUGGAAUGACUAUUAUCUAGAAUAUAGUCUAUUAGAAGAUGAUCAUAUUCUACUUGUUCUUCAAUACCCUCAAUCCUCCAGCUUGAAGAGAAGAGCCAUAAGAGGCGAAAUGUAAAGCUUAAACCAAGAAGGAAGCUUGGCAUACUUUGAUAAUGUUCAUAUUUCUUCUCAGUUAAAUGGUUAUGCUAAUGUCAUGUAUCAAUUCAGCUCUGAAUUAAAGUAUAGAUCUUGUGAUCUUCAUCCAUAUAAACAAGACUUGACAGCAGAAGGAUCAAAACCAUUCAAAAGUAGCUUUUUCUCCACGACGUUUCACGAAGACCUUUUGAUAUUUUCCAAAACCAUAAAGAUAAGCAUGAUGCUAGCAAACUAGGCCCUUUUCAACUCGGGAAAGAAUCUGAUUCUGCUUGGAGUGAUGGAAACUAUAGGAUGGUCUUUCAGAACCUUAUCUGUGAUGAGGAAACAAAUGACAAUAAUAUUGAAAGUGCAAGAGUUUCUGCAGUUCUAAGAGCAUUUCCAGCCAUGAAUGAAUUUACAGAAUGAGCAAUAACCGGCCUCUCAGGCAUACCUUUAUCUGUAUAGGGAAGAUGGGAGUCCUCAACGAAUAAACUUUGCAUGAUUGGGUGUGUUGGUGUGGUUGAUUCAGUGUCAAGAGGUAUGCAAUUCUCUGAUAUCUUUACACUUUCCAAAUGUGUUCACCAUAAAGCAGAGGAGUCUCAUGUUAGGUAGCAUAUCUAGUAUCUCAAAUGAACAAACAUGUUCUUCUUGCCUUUGUUUUUGGAUGCACAAUGGAGCCCCAUGGAUCUCAAGACCCAAAUGAGUUUAUAUGACAUUCCAUACUAUAAUUACUCAAAGGUUUAGCUGGCUCCAGCAAUAAAAAAGAAGAAUCAACCUUCAAAAUUGUUAAGCCUCAGCAAGAAAUCACUCAAGUUAAAUGAACUCCACAAAAGACUCGAUGUCUAUAUGGACGCGAUUCGUCAUGAAUCCUCAAACAACCAUAACACAAAGGUCUUCAUGGAGAUGAGGUGCUUUCACCUGGAGCUUCAUAUUCAUACCAACAUGAAGAAACAACAGAACUUGUUAACAUAUCAUUGCGGUUCACUUUAUAUGAUGCUUAUUUUGACAAAAUUGCAGGUCCUUACCCUUGUUUCUUGGAAGGUGUAUAUGAUCCCUUAGCAGGUGAUAUGCAUCUAAUUGGUUGGUGGAAGUUAAGGUCCAGUAUCCAUCUGAAUUAUCAAAGAAUCCCUCAGUUGAAAUCACAAUCACCAGCCAAAGAAGCCAAGAAGACAAGCUGCAUUUCAAGCCUUUCACCCUCAAAACUCUCAUUAAUCCAAACAAGGAGGGUGGUGAUUUAUCUCUAUGAUUAUGAUUACAUCAGAGAUCAUGCUUUAGGCUCAGAUUAUGUUGAUUUAUCUCUAUGAUGAUUCUACUUGCUUCUCUUCUCUACAUUCAACAAAGAUUGAAUUAUCUCAACGAUUUGAUUAUAAUGUGUGUGGCAAGUUCCUUAUUUCUUUGUCCAUGUAACCUUGUACAUGCUAUGUAUAUAGUAUGUUACUUUAUGUUUAGGUGUCGGAUGGUAACAUUUAUUUCCUCUCUGAAAAUGCACAAUCUUAUGUCUAAUCAGUUUCAAUAGAAAACAAGGAACAUUGAUCUUAUGAUAUUUUGUGGUCAUGGAGCUUGAGCUUAUUAUGAUAGAGGGCUUUAAUAUGAGGAUCAUAUUUUGGACCUGCAUGGUUUAUGUGGCCUAUUUGCAGGGUCUUUGAAUAAUUGAGAACAGCAAUAAUACUGUUCCAUUUUUCCAUGUUUUCAAGGAUGGCAUGACCAUACCUUGAAGUAAUUUUAUUAUUGGUUCAUGUAGCAACUAGUUGACAUCAUAGGAAAUUCUUUGGGAGUGUGGUAGCUUAGCAUUUCAAUGCCGAAACUUCGGUAUGUCAUUUGUUUUUGUUGCUUUUAUUCAUUUGGUACAUUAAGGGAAACUUUAGAGUAACAGUUGAGUUGCCUACAAAUUCAAAGCGUCAGUCACUAAUACAAUUAUUAGGUUAAGCUGUCUACAUUAUAUUCUUUGAAUGCGAUCCUUAUUCGAACCUUACAGUUAAUGCAGGAUGUUUAUGCACCAAGAGUACCCCUUCAUUUGGUAUGUGAUGCAAUAAUUAGCAUCACUACCACAAACUUAUGCUGUGCCUAUAAGGUUUCUGCCAUGUCCUAAUCUUCCUAAUUGAAUAAUUAAGGUAAUCACCCCUUGUCUUGUUUUAUUAGUAUUAUACUUUAGAAAACAACAAAUUAAAGGGUUUGGAAUUUGUUGAGUGAGUGAGUGAGGGCCAGGGGCAAGGGCAAGGGCAGGUCCACCAAUAAUUUGAGCAAUAUAUUAGGUUGUUUCAUGUGCAAGCAAAAAGACCACAGCCUGGCAAUCAUGCUGUUACGAAUUUAUUUUUACUUUUCUAAUAAUUAGAAACAUAUGUUGGGACUAAAAUAAAAGCCAUCUAUCUAAGUCGCAAAAGCAAUCUGUGAUAUAAUGAUUGCCAUCGUUACUUAAUUUGGAGAAACACUGGAUAACUAAUUCAUAUAUUCCAGCUAUCUAAUAUAUUGCUCUGGUUGUUAAGAUGUUACU